UAUCCAGUGUGACUGAGUUGAUCACCAUGAAUGUGACAAGCUUAUUCUCCUUCACAAGCCCAGCAGUUAAGAGGCUGCUGGGAUGGAAGCAAGGGGAUGAAGAAGAAAAAUGGGCAGAGAAAGCUGUUGAUGCAUUAGUUAAAAAACUAAAGAAGAAAAAAGGUGCUAUGGAGGAACUGGAAAAAGCAUUAAGCUGUCCAGGUCAGCCCAGCAACUGUGUUACAAUUCCCCGUUCCCUGGAUGGCAGGCUUCAAGUUUCGCACCGGAAAGGGCUACCACAUGUAAUUUACUGUAGAGUGUGGCGCUGGCCAGACCUCCAGAGCCAUCAUGAACUGAAACCACUGGAAUGCUGUGAGUUUCCCUUCGGUUCAAAACAGAAGGAGGUUUGCAUCAAUCCCUAUCACUACAAACGGGUGGAGAGUCCUGUUCUUCCUCCAGUGCUGGUUCCAAGACACAGUGAAUACAACCCUCAGCACAGUCUUUUGGCUCAAUUCCGCAACUUGGGACAAAAUGAGCCUCACAUGCCACACAAUGCCACUUUUCCGGACUCUUUCCAGCAACCCAACAGUCAUCCAUUCCCCCAUUCCCCCAAUAGUAGUUAUCCCAACUCCCCUGGAAGCAGCAAUAGCACCUAUCCACACUCUCCUGCUAGCUCGGAUCCAGGAAGUCCUUUCCAGAUGCCAGCUGAUACUCCCCCUCCUGCUUACCUGCCUCCGGAAGAUCAGAUGACACAGGAUGGCUCACAGCCAAUGGACACCAACAUGAUGGCACCCUCAAUUCCCCCAGAAAUAAACAGAGGAGAUGUUCAGGCAGUUGCUUAUGAAGAGCCAAAACACUGGUGUUCUAUUGUCUACUAUGAGCUGAACAAUCGUGUUGGGGAGGCAUUUCAUGCCUCCUCCACCAGCGUGUUGGUAGAUGGUUUUACUGAUCCUUCAAACAACAAGAACAGAUUUUGCCUUGGGCUGCUCUCUAAUGUUAACCGGAAUUCCACCAUUGAGAACACCAGGCGGCAUAUUGGCAAAGGAGUUCACCUCUAUUAUGUUGGGGGAGAAGUGUAUGCUGAAUGCCUUAGUGACAGCAGUAUUUUUGUUCAAAGUCGAAACUGCAACUAUCACCAUGGGUUCCAUCCAACCACAGUUUGUAAAAUUCCCAGUGGCUGCAGUUUGAAAAUUUUCAACAACCAAGAGUUUGCUCAGCUUCUGGCUCAAUCAGUGAACCAUGGCUUUGAAACAGUGUAUGAGCUUACUAAGAUGUGCACUAUCCGUAUGAGUUUUGUAAAGGGUUGGGGAGCCGAAUAUCAUCGCCAAGAUGUAACGAGCACUCCGUGCUGGAUUGAGAUACACCUGCAUGGCCCCCUUCAGUGGCUGGAUAAAGUUCUUACUCAGAUGGGCUCACCUCAUAAUCCUAUUUCCUCUGUGUCUUAA